GAAAAAUAAAUGCAAGUUUAUUUGCAGUGAGUUGGAGCUUGUGAGGGUGAGUAGAAAGAAGAUGGUAGACGAGAGAAUUUCAAUUUGAUUAGAACGAAAAACCCUUGUUCAACCGGUUAAUGUUUCUCGUCUUUUUACUUCCUUCACGAUUAGAAAGCAAAAGCUCAAUGCCUUUGUUUCCCUCUUGGCGUUUGCUGCAAGGGUCCAGACUGACGUAAAAUGUGUUAGCUUUCCUCUUUCCGAGGUGUGCUGAUGCGCACACUGCAUGCGAGGAUAACGCCAUCUCUGUGUUGGCAGGCUCUCUGAUUGUACGCAAAGAAUAAGAGCAGCGUGUGCGUGGUAUUAAGUAGGUUGUACAUUGUGGUCAUUGCGUCAAAUCUUCUACUGUCGAUCACGAGAGCUACUGGCUGGCGGGCUUCGUAAUUCUUGACGUCUGCUUCUUUGGGGAAAAGGUGCGCGGACUCAGGCGUUGCUGUGCCACCGGGUCUGCGCACACGAGCACAGAGCAGAGAGUCAGCUUCGUCUUCCUCCCUGAUUUCAGCUGACAGGGCAAGUCAAAAUGACGUCGGUCGCUGAUACGUUCGGCGCGCAGGUGGAUCUGGAAAUCCGGACCGCGGAGCAGCUGAUCACAGACCACCAGGAAAUGUUUUUAGACCCCAACAAUGAGAGCGUAACAAAGCGCCGCUACGAGAUGGAGUUUCUCAAUUCGGUGGGCUUCCUACGCGAUUUCAUAGAAGAAAACAGGAAAGCGGGACAUAGGGUAAGUACGUACUAGUUUAGGGUCCGUCUCCGUUUAUUUUGUGAGCAGAUCUACGUGAUGAUGUUGGAAGCAAUGAAUACGUAGGUACAGCAAAGAACAUAAUUAGAUUUUGACGACGAGUUGUACUAGUCCAACAUUUGAGGAGGCAACAUGUCACUGCUCCUUCGUCGUCAUCACGGCUCUAUUUGGCACUGUUAAGCUUCUAUCAUCUGCAGAAGUAUAAUAGAAGCAAGGUUUUGAACACUUCUCACUCCAUGGUUUGACUCUUGUUUUUUACCGUAGAAAAGGUAUGCAUGUUGCACUUUGAAUGACAUUGAUUCCAACGGGGUCGACUAGUAAUCCUUUUCAAACAGGGUCGACUAGUAAUCCUUUUCAAGGAUAACGACCGCAUACCCCGAAUGCGCAGUCUAUGUGAAAGCGCAAAAUUAUCGGAGACAAAUAACAAAGACUCCAGAUGGCACGGUAGUAGAAUUAGAUAGCUCGUUAUUUUAGAGGUGACUCCUCUGAAAAUGGAUCGUUAAGCCUUCCCAGGAUGCUCCACGAGAUAGAGACAUAGGACGUGUUCAAGUUUUUAGUUCCGUAUGCGCUGGCAUAGAUGUGUAAAGUAAUCGAUCCGAAAUUGGCUUUGAGUUGAAAAUCAUGUCGCUUGUUGUAUUAGUCGCCGAAAGCGAAAUGUCUUAGUCCCUAUCCCUCAACUAGGUCCCGUAAACCUGCUCUCACGCGUGAACGCAUUGGAGGAGCUUUUAGAAAAUGCGACAACGGUCGCUGACAACUGGGUCGAUGAAUAUGUGCGCUAUGAGAACAAGACGAGGAAGACAACAACGGCUAUGCCAAGAACUUCAAAGAAAAAAGAGGAUGGUGGGGGCACAUCGACAGGAGUUCCGUUACCUGUUAGUCCCACUGGCGAAGAGUCUCACUCUGGCGAGGCAGACGCGGAAGCAGAUGAAGGUAGUAGUUCGAGUUCCAAUGAGCACUGAUGCAUUGCGUACUUAUAUUCUUAUUCUUUGGACGCUUUUGACGAGAUGAUUCCAUCUUUCUUGUUUUACACGCAAAAGAUCCAGUUAUUAUACAACAUGCCCAUAUAGUACAUCGAUCUUCUCCGAAAAAUUUCUUCCAGAUUCAGACGAUUUGAUUGGUGCGGCAGCUAAGAUCUGCGAGGACUUAGACUCUGAAGACGAGCAAGAAUUCUUUGCGAAGAGGAAGAAAGAGCUUUUGGAUAGCACUAGUCGGGACGCAAGCAAGGAGACUGUGUCAACAAAAAAGUUCAUGAAGCCGCCACCAUUGACGCAGAAACCAAGUAUCAAAAUCAUAAAGCAGAACACAAUAGACUUGCCACAGCUGAAGGAAACUAAACUCCUUGACCUCGCAGACGAGGAGGAAAAAGUCUUCACCAACGAAAAAUUUCAGGUCGAGAGGGAGGCACCAAGUGAAAGACAGCCACAGUACUUUAUCUUAUCAAGUAGAUGAAGUGAUUAGUGUUUUUGUAUCGUGACUCUCGUAGCAGCUGGGGGAGUGGUGCGUAGUGCCCGCCUUACUCGACCUGAGUAAAUGAAGCCAUCUUGAUGAUGGCAAGAUGAUCAUGUUAACAAGAUUCCAGGUACGUACGUCCGACAUUGCAGUCAGUGACGCGGAUAUCAGACGGCAAAGUACAAUCUUUCGUGCCAUUAGGGCAAAAGCCAGAGCAACCCGUGAAGCUGCGGAGUGUACCAAAGAAAGAGGAGUCUACGGCAGCAGGUGCAGGUGGCGCCGGAGAGGCUGAGUCUGGUAGUUACGCUAGUGGAGAGCCGAGCGGCAGAGGAGGUGGUGCCAACGGCUCGUCGUCGUCCAGUAGUCCUCAGGAAAGUCAAGCUGGGAGUGACCUUGUCAAACCCGGAGUCUGCGGCUCACCCGCGACGUCCAUGGUAAGCAGUGCGCCAGGAGGCUCCUUGCCAUCAGCAUCAUCCAUGGUAGGGCAAGACCCACAAGCAGCAGCUGCCACGCCAGGCGCAGUAGAUGAAGGCGGUGUGUCUUCCAGUAGCACGAGUGGCGAGACUCGGGCAGAGGCAGACUCGCCCGGUGUGCAUCUGCCAGCGGUUCCAGCAUCACCUUCCCUGGCAGACGGCUCUGUACGCCCUAGCCCCGGAGAAGCUGUCGUGACAGCAGAGACUGGACAAGGUGCACUUUUGCCGGCUGCAGGAAAGCCACCCCCUUCAGAACAGGUAGCAGAACCGAGGUUCCUGCCGAACGAUAUGAUUGUAAUUUGUGGCCUCAAAUCAGAAAAGGCAGCCUCCUUCAACGGCCGAGAAGGCAUUAUUCUCGGAUAUGUUGCCGAGACAAAGAAAUACGAUGCGCUCAUCGACGGGAAAAGUAUUCACGUCCAACUAGAGAUGUGCCUGUCAAACUGACGUGAUUUUGUUCGAAAAUUAUGGAGGAUGAUAGGCAAAUUCCAAGUAGAGGAUCUAGGAGUACCAGCAUCUACCAUUCUCUAUACGUCUUCUUCACAAUUUUUCCGAUUUCCACAAACAGCGCGGAUCAUGGUAAAAGGCGAAAAUUUGAAAGCAAAAGGCGUUGGUGGAGGAGGAGUGGCAGAAAGCGCCAGACUAGUUUACGAGGCGUGGAUGUAUCCAUUUAUCAGGCGACCAAUAUCAACCGGUCUCACCUUUUCCCACACUCUGCGUGGAACUUUUGCGGAAGUGAACGGGUCAGUUCUCAGUCGAGCACAGGGCUACCAGAACCAAGCGCAGGGGGCGGGCAAAAAUUUUGCGCGCGCGAUCAAGGGCCUGCUAUCACUUGACAACCCGGAUGGCGUAGUGGGCGUCACGUCGAGUACCGCAACUUUUUGUUUUCGUUUUGUUGAAGGAGUUUGAGCCGUCAGUGUUAUUCUCAUGAUCUCAAUCUUUCGCCAACAUCAACUCUCUUAGUCUUUGUUGCCCCUUUCUCUCUAUGCAUCCUCUGAAAUCAGCGCCUAUUCCGCGGCACGGGCAGGGUUACUUCGUCGAGGUGGAAGUUCUGGGAGUCGGCGCAGCUGAGGAAUCCGUCGGUUGCCUAGGUCUAGGCGUUUCGUUUCUCCAACCGGAGACACAAAUAGAGAAGAUUCCGCGACGUCUGGAGAAAAUAGAGCAAGGCUGGUUUUUCUCGGGACCAUACUACGGCCAGACUCGACGGCUUUAUAAAGAUGGUACAACUAGUACAGAUCACGUGCAGCACAUGAUUUUGUUGAUUUCCCGACGUAGUUCCUCUUCCUUCAAAACGUAUUAUUUAUUACGAAUCUCGAUAGUAAGUACAACUAAGUGCUAAUCCUACCUGCAAGAGUUACAUGAAGAUUAUACAUAGGUUGAUAUUUUUUUUGGGGAAAUAUCAAGGUCAGAAAGAUAUCCGCUAUAUACUAGACGGAGAGGACUCGGCUCCAAUAAAAUGGAAAGUUGGAGAUCGAAUGAGCAUUCUCGUCCGACCGAAGGACUGCACUAAAGCGGACUGGAUUUGGACCAUAUCAAUGUAUUGCUACAACUGGCUACUUAGUUGAUAGUUUCUUAUUGUAUCGAUAGUUGAGUCGGUUAUGAACAGAUUUGAAAUUCUGAACACACGAGUACGAACCCCCGACUGUAGAAAAGUUCCCCCGAAGAAUAACACGAUGAUCAUACUAUCCACCUCGUGGUUUUAGGUAUGCUAAUCGUGACAUUGUGAUGGCGUGCCACAUGGACUUGCAUCCAUGGUUGCCAGCGGGGACUCCGAUACCCAAGGAGCUUGAAAUGUAUGCGUUUGCGGAGGCCUUUGGGUACGUGAACAAACUCCGCAUUUGCAACGAGGCGACGCCAGCCGGUCUUGAAAUACCAUUUAAACCAAAAGCGCUUAAAGAAGCCGAGCGUGGUUUGCAAGCCGCCGAGGAGGCCAGUGCAGAGGCGAAGGCAUGAAGCAGGUGGUUGUUCAGUUUUGUUUUUUUCGGAGUUUAUUCAAUAGAGUUUUUUUCUAUUCUUCAUCUAUUGUAGGAUCAUAUUUUGCUAUUUCUUUAGAAUCAAUAUAGCUUGGGAAUUUGAAUGUAGACUUCGCCUUUUGAAUAUUGUGUUUGAUUUUGGCCGCUGGUGCGGGGAACGCGAAGAUUUUAGUUUAAACGAGGACCGCCAGAGGGUCUUCGCGUUGGACGUGCGGCACACUUCUGCGGUGUACCUCGACGGAAAUCGACGACACUCCCUGCGCCAGCGAAUAUUUUUACGCCACUGUCACUCUGAGAUACACAUUUCCAUUGUUGAGACCAUGAGGUCUGUCUUUUUGGCUUUUGUUUAUUUUCGGGUAGUUUUUUCAUCGCUCGUGUUAUUUUGGAGACUUUUGACUGGGUCGAUGUAGUUUCUCAUCGGUCUUUGAUUGCAACAUCGACGGAAUGCCUUCGUGUGCGAUUCGCACGCCUGCUCUCGAUUUUUUGCCUGCGCACCCGCAUCACGCUCGCAUGACGAAAGAUUAGUUUCAGUGUGUUCCUUGUGAAUACAGUGAAAAUUGGACGCAUUAGUUUGAUCAAAUUCAAUACUAAGCUUACAACCUUCACACCUUUUUCUUAUUCAUUGCAAGUUUCGCCUAGAAUCUUCGAUGUACUAGCACGAUGUCGAUGCUCGAUCAAAAAGAUGUUUGAUGUAUAUCUAUGAUCGUUGGCGAGCAAUGUGAGAUUAUGAUUGAUCUAUCUGGGAAAUGCUCCACCACGAAAACGCAAGCGCUUCAAUGUCGCCAUGUCGAGGGCGAAUAGAUUCGCUGCCAGGCGGCCUGGAAUCGCGAAGCUUAUCCAGC